AUGGCGCCUCGGAUACAGACCCGCGUGUCCAACGCACUUCUCCCCUAUCUCACUUCCUCAUCCUCAUCCUCCUCACUUCCCUCAUGCUCUUCAUCACAAUCCCUUUCCCGCCAAUUCUCGGCUACGGCCGCCCCCCAGACCAAGCUUCGUCGACAAAUGUUUGAGUGGCUUAACACCCAGGGAGCUGCCUACAAACACCAUAUUCCUGGCGAAACCAAUUAUUUGAAGGAUGCACGGGAUAUGGAUCUCACUGAUACAACACGGCCGUUCCCGAACAACCGGAAUUUCAUUAGCGAGAGUGUCCUCAGUGAGGACCUGCGCAACGAGGUCUAUGUACGGGUUGUCGAGAAGAAGAAGAGUCUGCGCGCCGUCAGUGUCGAGCUUGGUAUCGAUAUGAAGCGGAUCGCAGCGGUGGUGCGUUUGGUGGAGCUGGAGCGAAGACAAAAGUCACAGGGUAAGCCUAUGGCGUUGCCAUAUGCUCGUGCAGUCCAUGAAAUGAUUCCGGUCACUCCGCUUUCUCAGCAGGGCGAGCGCCAGACCUACCACGAGCCUAUUAACGACCUCCCCGUCCACCCUUCCACUGGCUCACAAAUCUUUUACCCCGUCCCUGAAUCGCGCUCGUUUACCCGAGUUGAUGCCGGUCGAGUAUUCUCCGGAGCCCCGGCUAUGGAGAAUGAACAAAAGGAAAAGAUUUCUCAUCCCUCCGACCUUGCCGAGGAGGUGAUGCAAAAACCUGGCUCGAUCGAGUGGGUCGGCAAGGGCGCCAACGCCCGCCAGGUCCUCCAGCCUGCGGACGUGCGCAUCCCGCACCCGCAACUGGUUCAGCUGGAGCGUGAUCGCAUGGCUUAUCCUGACGAGCGCCGUUUGGUCACCGAACGUCACAGCCAGCGCCUCAAGCGCCAGGAGGAGGCUGAGAAGAAGCGUCGGGAGCGUGCUCAGGAACGUCGCGAGAAGAGCGUGAGCCAUGUUGAGCCCGUCGGUGGGCGCUUUGAUUACCGCAUCCAGGAUGCCGUCUUUACCAAGGAGACCGUCGGCGUUGAUGGCCGGGCUCCCUGGGCUCCUGGUCGUCGCUACGGUGUGCCUACGAAUGAUCGCACUCGUGGUACGGUCAAGAUUCCUACUCGUGUGGAAGCUUAA